AUGAGGAUUGCAUGUCUCCAGUUAAACUCUAUUAUAGGGAAGUUACAGCAGAAUAUUAGCAAUGCUAAUCAGAUAGUUGAGACAUGUCUACUUAAAUUGGAUAAACCCUUCGACUUUUUGAUAUUGCCAGAAUUAGCACUUACAGGAUAUAACUUCCCCAGUCGAGCUGCAAUUGAGCCUUACUUGGAGGUGAAAGCAAUAGGACCAACUUCCAAAUGGGCAGUGGAGAUGUCUCAGAAACAUAAAUGUUUCACCCUCGUUGGAUAUCCAGAGUGGGACGAAACAUGUCAAAAGAUUUUCAACUCUGCCAUUUUAACUGGGCCUGAUGGAUCCAUAUUAUAUAACUAUAGAAAAACAUUCUUAUAUGAGAGUGAUGAGAAUUGGGGAUGCUCAGAAAGUGAAAAUCCAAUCCAAUUUGAACCUUUUGAAUUAGUCUUGAAUAAGGGGUUUUAUUUGGACAAUGAACCCAAGUUGAAACUGAUUAUUUGCAAUAUUGGGAUUUGCAUGGAUCUAAACCCGUAUAAGUUUGAAGCUCCAUUUGGAAAGUUUGAGUUUCUGUUAAGUUGUUAUCAAAACAUGAGCAAGCUCAUUCUAUGCCCGAUGGCGUGGUUAUCCCCAAAAUCACCUUCUAUUCAAGAAGAUAAGAGUAUUGUACUUCCUGAUCAAAUUCAAGAAGUAGAGAUAAAGUAUGAUACAGGUUUUAAACAAAAAGCUGAAGAAACGAAAGUGAACCAAGGUCUGUUGCCAGACAUGUCUACCGUGAAUUACUGGAUUCUCAGAUUUCUUCCCUUCUUGAACCACCCUGGAGUUGACUUACCUAGAUAUUACAGCAAGGUAUCCUUGGUGUGUUGCAACCGGUCGGGUCAGGAAGGAGAUGUUUUGUAUGGGGGUUCAACACUGAUUUACCAAUUCAAAAAUGUUAGCGAUCCACCAUCUUUGGAGACUGGCAUAAAAAAUAACAGUGUAGAAUACUACGGGAGUUUAGGAACUGCGGAGCAGGGGAUUAUCGUGAGGGACUUGGACCUAGAGUGA